CAAUCGCCCUACACCAGGGCUGAUUAUCAGCGUCAACAUUUUCAGGUCAGGAGUCCGCCUCUUCCAGUUCAUAAACUGCUUCAGCCUAAUCCCUCCUGUCUGAUUCACUCUCACUCCACUCUGCAAAUCACGAUCCCCCAUCCUCUACGCAUUACUCAUCGUAUUCCUCUAUGGCCGAAGUCCUCGGCAUCAUCUCCGGCUUGUAUGGGACAGGGCAGGCGCUUGGAAAAUUCGCAAAGGAACUCCAGAACUGGCAGCUACUCUCCGAAAGGCUCUUCGACAUAACGGAAGGACUUCACGUCGCAGAGUUAACGCUUGCCCAUUGGCAACACAAGUACGACAUCCAGGAGAGGCGGCAUCCCAUUUAUACGGAAGUCCUUUUCGGACGAAAGGGCUGGGAGCGCAUUCAAGGCACCCUCGGAAGCAUUAAGAUUACCUCCAGGACUAUUCGCGAUGACGUGGACUCCGUGGUUGGCCGAGCACUCAAAGCCAGCUCAAUACCGGUUACCAGUUACGCCGAUGCCUUGGACGACGAAGAGCUGGUAAAAGCCUGUCUGAGGAGGAUCAGGAGGAACAUGGCCUGGUCGAAGAAGUUCGUUUACAGUGUGCUCGGGAAAGCCGACGAUCUAGAAUUGCGGCUACGCCGACUGCAUUGGAAGCUUUCUCUUCUUGAACGCCAGACGGAGCUGUACCUGGAGAAAGAACAUCCCGAAGUCUACCAAACAAUCAAGCGCCUGUCUGGUCGCCGGGUAAUACUCAAAAUCGACGACGGGCGUAUGGACGCAAUCCAACACAAUAUAGUCGAUGCGCUCUCCGCCCGCAGAGACGCAGAUCUACUUCAUCGCGCUUCAGGCCAUGGAAACCGCGUCCAUCUUGGCCUGUCCGUCCCGCAAAUUCAUAAACGCGACUUCUCUUUCCUACUCUCACUCAACGGCCAUACCCACGAGGUGCUCGUGCGUCCUGUUCGUAUCAAAGCCAUCUACGACCAGUCGCGCGUCCAGUCCGACAUCUCCUCCGCCGCAUCGUCUCUGAUCCGGAACACGCAUCAACCAUGCUACUUACUCCCUUCGACCUCUCAUUCCGCCGGGUUCGAGAUCUCCAUCCCCCCAACGGACAUCCUAGCAGCCCUCGAGUACAAAGACUCCCUCUCCACCCUCAUCCGAGCCCAAGACCCUCUCCUCAGCCAACAAGUCCUCUAUCCCCAGGAUCAAUGCGCGCUAGCCGGCGGCAUCGCCCAGGGCACUUUCCGCCUCAUCGGCAGCCAGUGGCUACACUUCCUCGACUGCAAGAACAUCCGCUGGCGCCGCAACGCCUCGGGCCAAUGGACCACCAUGAUGGCGGCCGUCCCCGGCGACGGCUCCAUCACGCGCACCCUGCGGCGCUGCCUCGACGCCGAGCAAGCGCGCCGCGUCCCGCGCGAUCUCACCAAGCACAUCCAGAUCUUCCGCAUUGGGCUCGUGCUCGCCGAGCUCGCGCUCAAAACGCCAAUCAACUACAUCGACUUCGACGCCGGCACGGCCACCGUCAAGAUCCACAUCCGCGGCCUGAACGAGGACGACGACGUCGUCGAUGCGGAGGGCAUCGCGGCGGAGGUCGAGAAGCAGACGAAUAUCCUGGUCGGCAAUAUGGUCUUCUUUUGCCUGUCGGUCCUGCAGGAUAGGGAUGUUAUGGCGGAUAGGAAUGUGGAGAGCGGGUACUACAAGGAUGUUGUGAGUCAGGCGGAGGAACUGAGGGGGUUCAUUGAGAAGGAGAGGAGGAGGAGGAUUGUUCCUGGGCCGUGACGGGACGGAAUGGUAGUUGGAUGAGCGAUCGUCUCGUCCUUUAGUUAGCAUCGGUAGAGUGGUUUUAUCGCAUAUGCAAAGCGUGCGGCUAUUCUUCCUCACAAGCCUAAAAAGUAUUUCCUUCUACGCCAGUCAGUGUAUGAGCAGUGUUCAGCGAGCUAUAGCUCAUUCAUAGUCCGCGCUCCGAGAGCAACCUCACCACCCGCUAGCACUUUUCUUUUCACGA